AUCGAUAAAAUAAACAUGGACAAAUGCAUUGUUUGUUUAUCAUCCAACUCUGUAAUUUCCCGAAUUAAUUUACAUUCUUACGAAGGAUAUGAAUGCAACAUCCAGCGCAUAAUUGAAAAGCAUUUGUGGUGGUGGUAUUUUAAGCAAACAGCACAAGAUAACCAACUUCCUUGGAUUUGCUUAGAGUGCUGGCAGGAAUUAUUAUCGUUUCACAAUUUUUAUUUAAAAGUAGAAAAUGUUCAUAAGCAAUACGAAUUAAUGAAAUUAUCUGAAUAUAAAAACUGCACUCUGAAAGACGAGCUUCAUACUGUUAAUGAUGAAUUUUCGAUAGUCAAAGAGGAAUAUGAAGUUUCCCCAGCUUUUCCAAUAGAGAGCAUAUCAAUGGUGGAUUUUGAAAAUUGUAAUACCCUACAUAAUGAAGAUGAAAGGAGCUUUGUGGUAAACUGUGAUUUUGAAAGUAGUCACAGUUUUCAAUUUGAUGCAAGUGAUACAUUAAAUAACAACAAUAAGAAAAGAAGUGCAGCACAACAAAAAACUAGCAAGUGUAAAUAUAAAAAGCCGACCAAAUGCCCUAAAAAACGCAAUAAGCUGGACAAAAACUCAACUAAGGAAGUGAACAAAAAAUUUUCCUGUGAGCAAUGUGCUAAAUCGUUUUUAAAAAAAUCACACUACGAACGCCACAUGUUGACACAUGUACCUGAAGAAGAAAAAAUAUAUCAAUGUGAUGAAUGCGACAAGAAAUUCGCCUCCUUUAAUCUCCUUAAGUAUCAUAAAGGAUAUACACACCUUAAAAAGUAUGCUAUAAUUUGCGAUAUCUGUGGCAAAUCUUGUCGUGAUCGUUUAUAUUUUAUGCGUCAUAUGAAGGAACAUAAAGGAUAUCCUGUUGCAAAAUGGCCAUGUGAUAUAUGUAGCGUAGAAGUGUCCAGUAAAUAUGAAUUAAACCGUCAUAAGAAAUUAAUACACACAGAAGAAAAUCUUAAGGAAUACAAGUGCUCAUAUUGUCCGAAAAUAUCAGCAAAUAUGAAUUCCCAUAAACAACAUGUUCAUUACACACAUAUGUCUGAACGUAAACACGCCUGUCGACUGUGCGAUAAAAAAUUUAAACGUUCACGUGAAUUGAGGGAACAUUUGAGCACUCACACCGGAGAGCCCUUGUAUACAUGUGCUCAUUGUUCAAAAACUUUUAUUUCAAAUGCAACUAUGCAUAAACAUCGUAAAAUUUUGCACCCAAAGGAAUUUGAAGAAGCCAGAUUAAAGAGAUUAGCUGGUCAAAAAAAGGAAAGUUUAAGCAUAAAUAAUACUGCGGAUGACAGCGAGAUUUUACAAAUCAGUAAAGAGAAUUAAUAUUGUAUUCAUUCCCACGACACCGAAAUGACCCGAGUUCACUCGGCCAAGGGCUGUCAACUCAGCAACAACUGCUGCUACAACAAUAUUGUAUUAAAUGUAGGACUAUAAUUUGGUUACUCAUUACAAUUUGUAAGCAAACUAAAAGAUAAUUACAUUUUGGUUCUCAAUAAGUAAUAAAAUCCAUAUAUGAGGAAUUUAUAUGGCGCUACUUUAGAAAAUUUUGAUAUCUGGAUAAAGAAUUUUCAGCGAAGUUGGUAUUCGAUAUAACCCAUUCUAGAAAAUCUCUGCGUCAAUUCAGGAAACGUGAAUAUUAACAAAAUUUAAAAAGUAAAUUAAUCAUAUAUUUACGGUGGCAUAUUAUUGAUUAAUAUUUUUAUAUAUGUAUGUACAUCAUGGUCAAUUACACCAAUAUGUUAUAAACAAGAUUGGCUGACGUUACCGCUAAGCUACAGUUACUAAAAUAACCGUUACCGAUAUUGUAUAAAUUUUAUUUUUGAUUUAUAAAAACACAAAAUUUUGAUGUCAAUAAUUCUGUUUAUUGGAAUAUACAAAUUCUAAAUGUAAUAAAA